AUGGGUCUCUUCAGAAGUGUAGAUGUCUUCAAAGGAAUCCCCUUCGCCGAUGUUCCUGGGAAGUGGGAGAAACCAAAACCUCAUCCUGGCUGGAGCGGCGUUCUAAAGGUCACCCGAUAUCGGGACCGUUGCCUGCAGGAACGACACGUAGUGUACUUGUUUGGUGGUGCCUUCUUGUUGGGAGCAUCCAACGAUGUGGAGUUCCUUGGAAACUCACUCUAUGAUGGGAAAGAAACGGCAGAUAGAGGCGGAGUCAUCGUUGUCACCGUGAACUACAGAGUUGGUACAUUGGGUUUCCUCAGUACCGGAGACGCACGUCUGCCAGGUAACUAUGGUCUGUGGGAUCAGCAUGCUGCCAUUGCUUGGAUUCGCAGAAACAUUGAAGCAUUUGGAGGACACCCCAUGAACAUCACCAUUUUUGGUCAAUCAGCUGGUGCUGCCAGUGUUAGCUACCAGAAGAACCCCAUGGCCCUCACUAAGAAGGUGACAGACGCACUAACACUGGGUGGUAACUGGUACUUCUACGGUUUGUACUCGCCAUGA